AUGUUUGAUGUAGUAAGAGUAAUGGUUCGAGCAGGUACUAAACGUAUUAAAUUAAAUGCUGUUGUUUGUAAUCAUGUUACCACUUCCAUACACACACAUGGUCUACACAAUGUGUAUCUGCGAUUGCAAGAACGAGGUGUUAAACUGGCCGAUAGGAAUAUUGAAUCAGAUACCCUCAGUGAUAUAGGUUUGAUUAUUGGUGCUGAUUAUUAUAAUGCAUUUGUGUAUUGUCACGAUAAAUAUGAUGAUGUAUGUUUGCUUGGUAGCACCGCCGGUGCUGUUAUUUUUGGUCCUAUACCAAAUUGGGCUUGUAAUCUUAUCAGUGAUGAUGAAAAUGUAAGAUCUGUAAUAAGUACACUUAGUAUAGUUUGCUCGAGAGCCACUGCUUCUGUAAAUCCUCUUGGCAACGAGGAUAUUUCUAGACUGUGGUCAUUAGAUACGAUCGGCAUCGGGAAGGAUGCGCGAUCCUAUAACGAUCAAGCAGCGAUCGAACAUUUCAAUGAGACUAUUGUAAAGACUGAUAACAAAUAUACGAUUGAUUUGCCAUUUAAGAGCGAUGCCAGACCCCCUACGGGUUAUAGAAAAGCCUUAGGUCAAUUAUAUUCACUUAAGAGAACCUUUGAGUCUAAACCAGUCAUGUUUGAUCAAUACCAGUGUGUUUUAGAUGAAUAUGUUAAGUUAGGAUUUGUUGAGGAGGUAAAGUUAGAAGAUAACUCCUUUGAUCCAGUUGAUGGCAUCAAUCAUUAUUUACCUCACCACCCAGUUUUUAAGGAAUCUGCUACGACUCCAAUUAGGAUAGUUUUCAAUGCAAGUAGUAAGGAGUCACACCAUGCAAAGUCCCUCAAUGAUUGUUUACCUGCAGGACCUAUUCUGGCGACGAAAUUGACAGAUAUGCUGCUGGAAUUUCGUCAGAACAAAUAUGCUGUAGUAGCAGACAUAAGGAAAGCUUUUCUUAGAAUAGGAAUUAAUGAAAAUCACAGAUUUCACAAGAUUCUUAUGGUUUGCUGA